AUGACUUGUGCAAUUUUGGAGCUUUUACCAACAUUCACUUUUGUUCCUAGUAUUAAUCUGAAAAAGAACAUGACGUACGUUGUGAACUGGACACAGUUUGGAUUCUUUAGUGACAGUCUCAUCGUCAGCUUCUAUUGUUUUACCAUACUAGCUAAGUUAGUGGGGACUGUGGUCUCAAUAAUUGGUGCUUUUAUUGCAACUCUUUAUAAAGGGCCACCAAUUGUGACAACCCCCUUUCAGUCAUCAACCUCAAUUCUUAACAAUGUUCUAAACCAAUCAUCUACUUGGGUACUAGGAGGCUUUCUUAUGACAAUUGAUACUAUGAUAGCUUCCAUAUUUAUCAUCGCGCAGGCAUUUGUUUUGAAGAAAUACCCUGCAGAGUUGAUUCUAAUGCUAUUUUAUAGCUGUUCUGUGGCCAUUUUAUGCGCUGCGGUUGCUUUGAUCAUAGAAAGGGACCUUAGCGCUUGGAGCUUAAGCAAUCGGACGAGAGUCCUUGCUAUUUUGUACUCUGGUGUUUUUGGCAAUGUUUUCCAAGUGACUAUAUGUUCUUGGUGUGUAAGGAGGAAAUGGCCUGUUUUUGUUGGCAUGUUUGAGCCCCUAGGUGUUGUGAUCUCCAUGGUUGCUGGUGUGCUCUUCUUGGGGGAAACUUUCUAUUUAACAAGUUUGGUGGGAUCAAUAGUUAUGGUUGUGGGGUUUUACUUUGUGAUUUGGGGGAAAGCCAGAGAAGGAAAGAUGAUUGAGAGAAAUGGGGUUGAUGGGUCUGAAUCAAGCACAAAAAAUACUCCACUCUUGCAAGAUGAUGAUGUUGAGAAUAGAGAAACCACCUCAUUUCAAUCAUUGUAG